GAUGCCCGCAAGUGUCCGAGGACUCCCUGAGAUCUUUUCACAAGGGCUGCCGCUUCAUAAGGUCUGUCUCGGUCGCCAUGCGGGAGAGGACGCUGACAUGGACAGCCUUGACCAGUUCCGUGAAGAAGCAUCGCCAUCGAAGACGUUCAACGUUUGCUUCCGGCAGCUCUGGAACAGAAAGCAACUGA